CUCUUUCUCCAUCUCCAUCUCCAUCUUCAUCCAUCCGUCCGUUCACCAUGAUGACGAAUCCAAGCCGUCCGAUUCCGAUGCGUCUCCUUCUCCUCCUCAUCCUCGCCGCCGGCGCCGCCGGCCAGACGAACACCAGCGACACAACGCGCUACACCACCACCUUCAACCCAACCAUGGCGAUCAUCAUCGUCGUCCUCAUCAGCGCCUUCUUCUUUCUUGGCUUCUUCUCGAUCUACAUCCGUCAGUGCGGCGGCGGCGGCGGACUCGGCUCCAACGCCGGCGUCAACCCUGUCACCGGCGCCCUCUCUCGCCGUGGCAACGCACAACGAGGCCUUGACCCGGAGGUUCUCUUCACUUUCCCCACCUUCGUCUACUCCGAGGUCAAGGAUCACAAGAUCGGCAAGGGCUCUCUUGAGUGCGCUGUUUGUUUGAGCGAGUUCGAAGACGAUGAAUCGCUCCGUCUUCUUCCCAAAUGCGAUCAUGUCUUUCAUUCCGAUUGCAUCGAUGCUUGGCUUGCGGCGCACGUCACCUGCCCCGUUUGCCGAUCCAAUCUCGUCCCCGGCUCCGAUCCUGAGCCAAUUGAAGCCCCCGCCAUCGUCACUGCCGCUCCAGACGAGCCGCCGGAGCACGUGGCGAUCGCGGUGGACGGAGAUGGAGAUCAAGAAACCGAUGAUCACCGGGAGGAACUAGCCGAGCUGGCGAGGAUCGGCAGCGAACAACGAGCCGCACAAGCGCUGAGAUCGAAGUCGGUGGCGCGGCCAGUUCGGUUCCCAAGAUCCCACUCGACGGGGCACUCGAUUCUCCGGCGACCCGGAGAGAAUCUCGAUCGGUUCACUCUCCGUCUCCCGGAGCACGUCAGGCGGGAGAUGGUCGUCGCCGGGCUUCAACGGACCACGAGCAGCCUCGCUUUUCCCGGUGGCGGCGAAGCCAGCGCCCGCCGGGGAUACCGCGCCGGCGAGGGGAGUAGCCGAGCCGGCCGGAGCAUUCGGCUUGGCCGGUCCGAUCGCUGGCCUUCGGUUCUCGCUCGAACUUUAUCGGCGCGUUUCACGUCGUGGGGAAACGGGAAACGGGGAGGUGACGGCGAAGGUUCCGUUAAAAAGUUUGACGGCGUUGGUGAGGGUUCCCGUUCCGGUUCCGUUAAAUUGAGGAUGCCAUCCGUUAGGGUUCCGUUUGAGUGCUUAGGUGGCAGUGUUCGGCCUGGUGGGGACCAUGAACCGAGUGAGUCACCGACUCAGCCGCUGAGCCGGGUUUAAUGGAUCUAACCCGGUGAGUCAAAUUGGUGACGUGGCGUGGUAUUGACCGUUAGAUUGGCGGUGUGGUGUACAUAGCUAUGAUUACGAUGGUAAAGAGAUUUUUGUGGGGUUUUUUUUUUUUGGUGGGGGUUUUUCUUGAACAUAUCUUGGCCGUUGGAUUGGUUCAUAGGGUCUCUGAUGAAUGGUGGAUAUAAAUGGAAAAACCAUUUAGUCUAA